CCUGGCCCCACUGCAGCGGCUGCCAAGGAAAGGACAGAAUUCGAGGUGCCCCCCAGGCCUGCAUCCCCCAAGGUCAAUAGGAGCCCCCAGGAAGCCGCCAUUCCUGCGGAGGACACGGCUCGGAAGACCAAACGCCCAGCGCCAGCCCGGCCCACCAUGCUGCCCCCGCAAGUGUCCGGAAGCCGCUCUUCCCCUCCAGCCCAAUCCCCACCCCCUGGCUCUGGGAGUCCCGGGACCCCCCGGGCUUUGCCCCGUCGUCUGGUUGGCAGCAACCUCCGGGCCCCCACAGUGCCGCCCCCACUGCCCCCCCAGCCUGCCCGGCGCCAGAGCCGCCCAUCCCAGGCCUCCCCAGGCCCGGCCUCCCCCAGCCCCGUGUUUCUGAGCGCAGCUGAAGGGGCCCUGGGGGAGGCUUCGGAGGAGGGAGGGGGACCUGAGGCUGUGGGGGGCAGGGACCCCGCUGCCCCUCACCCCCAGCCCAGGCACCUUGCCUCAGAGACCAACUGAGCCGGCAGCCCCUCCCUGACACCCCGCGGUGUCCCCAGGACACAGCUGUCUUGGUAGCCUGCUUCCCUCACAAAGGACAGGGCCUCCAGCCUUUGCUGCCAAGUGUCCGCUGGGCCGGCCCCGGGGCCAGGAGGACGCGGGAUAGUCCUCCCCUUCCAACCCUUUUCCCCUGCCACCCUGGGCUUCGACACCCCAGCCCUGCCACGGCGCCCCCGCUCUCUGCAGGGCCCCAGGGAGCCGCUGGAAGGAGGAGGGCUUGCCUUCGCCUACAGGACUUCUAUUUUUCUCUUGCCAACAUAUUUUUUGUAAGGCUGGUAAAUAAAUUAUUUUGGACAAA